AUGAAUAUUAACCAAACAGCAAUUCAAAAAGUGGAAUCAAACAUGAUUAAUACCUCUGAAAAAAGUGUCGCAUGUGAGAUUAAAUCAGCCCAUUAUGCACAUAUACCACAAUUAUUCACCGAAGAUACUUUACAAUCGGCUAGCUGGCAAUCGUUUAAGAAGAGUUGGUUGAAUCUCAUGCUAGAUAAUUAUAUGAACGAUAAUGGUAAAUAUCGUUAUCGUCGUUUUGCUGUAUUCAAUUACAGUGAUCUAAAUAAAUGUAUCUAUGUUGAACCAAAACAACCGUAUUAUCAAGCACUUUAUCAUAAUACACUAAAUGGUGGUAUACCAAGACAUUAUGAACAAUUUGAAGAACAUAUAUUACACAAUGCAGUAUUUCGAAAUAUUUUGUAUUAUCUUGUUGAUGUAUGCACAGAAUUACAAGGUCCCGAUGAUUGGUUUAUUGAAGCACAUCAGAUGCAUAUUCACUGUACAAAGAAUAUGACUGGUAAACCGUCACCCGAAGGUAUACAUCGUGACGGUAGAGAUUUUGUUUUCAUUGUGUUCAUCGAUAGAAAAAAUAUUUCCGGUGGACAAACAACAGUUCUAGAUCUCAAUAAAAUACCAUUAACCCAUGUUACAAUGUUACAAGAAUCUGAAACACUAUUUCUUGAUGAUGAAAAAUUAUUCCAUGGCGUAUCGGAACUCGAAUUGGAUCAAGAAGCUGAUUGUGGCUAUCGAAAUGUUUUAGUCAUCGCAUUUUUAUCAAAAGCAAAAGUUAAUGAAGUUAUAAAAAAACCAUUGAACUUAUGA